AUGAUGUUAGCCAGUGACGCAACCGGGAAAAUCAUGAUCUUGCUGGCGGUGUGGUUGCUGCUUCUUCGGGCUCAUCGAGUGGCGGGCACCGAUCAUUUGGGUUUGAGAGAGAGAGAGAGAGAUCAUUUAGCCCUGUUGUCAGGCACCCUGAAGACCUAUCAACGUGCGGCUUGCGACGAGGAAACGAUGACGUUAAAAUGCCCGCCUGGUACUACCAUCCUUGUCGAACACGCUCAAUAUGGAAGAACGGGAAUGCACGGCAUCAGCAAAUGCAACUCGUCCGUUCCUCUGAUGAUCGCGGGGGACAAACCAACGAAUCACACAUGCAUCUGGCCGCAAUCAGUGCAGCACUCACUGUUGCAGAUGGUGGUUGGAGUCUGUCAAAAAAAGCGGCAGUGCAAGUUCAACACUGACCCGAAGACUUUCCAAGGUGAUCCUUGUCCCGGAUUACGGAAGUACAUCGAGGUCGCCUACAAAUGCCGUCCCUAUGAGUUCAGGAGUAAGGUGGCUUGCGAGAACGAAGUCGUCAAUCUCGUUUGCCAUCCUGGCCAGAGGGUGGCGAUUUUCAGUGCUGCCUUCGGUAGAACGCAAUACGAGUCCCUGCAGUGUCCGCAGCCGCUGGGCGUGCAAGAAGAAACUUGCAUGAUGGACUUUACAACAGAAACUGUAAUGCAAUUAUGCCAUGGUAAACGACGAUGCACAGUAGUGGCUAAUAGCACAACGUUUGGCAGACCUGAUCCUUGCAGUCCAGACAGCAAAACGUAUCUUAAAGUUGUGUACACCUGCGUUCCGAGGUCGGUGUUACGGGAGCAAUUCGAGGGUGGUAUCGAGCCGGACGAGGCAGUGAUGCAGGAGUUCGAAGAAGGAUUCGACAGAGCGGACUUCAGAGCUGAAUUCAGCCCCAGUCCAAAUCUCGAAGGACCGCAGCCGCCACCACGCGACAACGUCUCUAGAAAUUUUCCGACCGUUAGCUCAUCUCCACCUCGCGCACGAACCAACAAUGACGUGGACGCGCGGUUGAACAUGUUAAAGUCGCUCAGUAUUGGAGCGAAAGAUUUACCCUUACCGCCUUUACCACCCACGGUUAUCCAGGCGAGUUCAAUGGCGAGCGACAACGGGGUUGGUAAUGCCGUAUCCACGAGUGCCAGCGCAUCCGGAAAUUGCACUACCGUCGUCUACGCGUUUCCGAAAGAGGAUCACUUAGUGGUGGGAUAUCUGAAUGAGUGGAUCAAUGCCUACUCCUUCAUAACGAACAACCAAGAAAAGUUCUACCUCUACAUUAUUGUAUCGGUCAGUGCCGGUAUUCUGCUCUUUCUGGGGUUGGUUAUCGGCCGCCUAUUAAUCAGCCGGCAUCGCGCCAAGAGGGAUGCAAAAUUCCAUGCGAAUAACGAAGCUCUCCCAAAUGGAUUCUCUGAUGAUAUUUCCGAGAUUGAUGCCGACAUCGAUCUUACCACGCCGGUUGCAGUGCCAAUGCAAGAUGCAAGGUUGCCCGAAACUCAGUUAGCCGAGAGACUUCACGGCGAACGUUACUAUGCCGACACGAGGAUACCUUUAUCGCCGACAAGCAUUCACGCCACGUCGGUAUCUCACGCAACCAACACGGGGAUGCGCGUUGACCUCGGGAACCACAUGGUUGGCACAGAUAAUCUUCACACGAUUCUUCGCACAGAAAAUCCCCGAAACCUCAACAGCAAAAGCUAUUACUAUGGCUGACAAGAGGAAGGGGUUGUCCCGCGCGAGGGACGACCCCCGUCUUUGAGCCCGGUACCGGAAGUUAGUACGCGAAAAUAUUGCUUUUAAUUGACAAAACGGUACGGCAAAGACGGACACGCUGUGCCAAACCGCUGUAAAUUACGUUGAAGAUGUUAAACUAAUUAUUAUUUGUUGCACCGAAUUGUGGUACGUAUUGUGACAAUGCGAUCUCAAAUUUGUCAAUCGUUGGACGCCUAUAAUAAGCGUCUGUCGAUGUUUGUUAAAAAUAGACUUGUACAAUGUAUCUGUAAACGUGUCGUCCAUUCUGAGAAUUUGAUAAAAUUCUCGAUUAGAGAUGUAUAAUGUCCUAAUCAUCAACAAGAUGGUAUGGGAAAGAAGCAAGCAUAAUAUAUGUAUAGUUAGCAUUGCCUUGUUGCGAUACUGCAACGAGAACAAUGUGGAUCAAUUUGUAAAUGUGUAUAAGAAGGUUUGAGUGGUUUCUUUGAAUAGGAUUGGAAUAGCUUUAAGGGCCACCGCAAGCAUUUACGUUGUACUGUACGUUUAAGCAGCAGUUACAGAAAGAACAAAAUGCAUCGUGCAA